AUGAAGAUAGUCCUCUACGGGGACUAUGCAGUUUGUAUCACAUACGAUGAAUUUCGGUUAAAGUGUAGUGGGCAGCGUAGUUCUAAUUGGUUGGCAGUUCAGAAUGGCUCAAGCGGUACAAUCUCAGCCACAGGUUCGACAACAGCCCCAACUGCGCAGACUUGUGUAUACGAAGCGGCUACAGUGGCAGCAGCAGUGGCGGCUGCAGCGGCAGGAGCGGAGCAAAGAGGGGUUGGGCCAGAGGGAGAUCGAGGUGUCCGUGAUGGUGUUACGACAGGGGCACCCUCGGCACACUUACUCACUGCUGUUACCCGUGAGCGAUCCUCAUCUAGCCCAAACGUUUGCCACCAUAUUAAUCCCCAGCAGCUGCCCUCUUCCUCCAAUCUGAUUCCAUGGACUGGCCUUCUUAAGCCCCACGACAGUAACCAGCCCUCCGUUUCCUCCAACGCUGUCGUUUGUGGUGGUGAUUCAAGUGAUUUUAAGAGCCCUCUCUUAUCCAACCUGGAGACAGAGGAUCGUUCAAAAUCGUCAACCGACAAGGGCGAUGGAUCCGCCUCUACCUCCCGACAGCGUCAAGUAAUGUCUUUGCCUCCAUUGUCCUACUGA